CGUCUUUGUUUUUUACGUCAUUUCCUUUACAGGCCCAAAUUUGCCAGCGGCCUCGCUCCAGCUUUCUCUUCUUGCACACCGCCAUCAUGGGUCGUAUGCACGCUCCCGGAAAGGGCUUGUCCCAGUCCGCGCUUCCGUACAGACGCAGUGUGCCUACAUGGCUGAAACUGACUUCUGACGAUGUCAAGGAUCAGAUCUUCAAGCUGGCCAAGAAGGGUCUCACCCCUUCCCAGAUUGGUGUGAUCCUGAGGGACUCCCACGGCGUGGCCCAGGUGCGCUUCGUCACCGGAAACAAAAUCCUGCGCAUCCUCAAGUCCAAGGGCCUGGCCCCCGACCUGCCCGAGGACCUGUACCACCUGAUCAAGAAGGCCGUGGCCGUGAGGAAGCACCUGGAGAGGAACAGGAAGGACAAAGACGCCAAGUUCCGCCUGAUUCUCAUCGAGAGCAGAAUCCACAGGCUGGCCCGUUACUACAAGACCAAGAGAGUACUCCCGCCCAACUGGAAGUACGAGUCGUCCACAGCCUCUGCUCUGGUGGCAUAAAUUCCAGCAAAAAUUCAGAGAAAUAAAAGUUUUGCUUUUGGAUGAAAA